AUGGGUCAUAGCAAAGUAGCCAUUAUUGGGGCAGGGUCGAUUGGGACAGCUUUGGCAUAUGCCCUGUUAAUGCGGGCUUCAGUGACAGAAAUUCUCCUCGUCGAUAUUAGUACAAGCAUCCUCCAGGGCCAAGUCCUUGACCUUGAAGACGCCGCACUUGGUACCAACACCAUUGUCCGCGCAGGCACCUUUAACGAAGCAAGUCAAUCCGAUGUCAUUGUCAUUACAGCUGAUGCACCCAUGAAUCCACAGGAAUCGGAAUUGAAGUGGACGAAACGAAACCAGCAACUCAUGAGCAGCAUCCUUUCAGCCUUGCUUCCUAUCCAACCACGUGCGAUGAUCGUUGUGGGGAGUGAUCCAGUGGAUGUGUUGACUUGGCAACUGCAAGAAAAAACAGGGUUACCAAGGCAUUGUGUAUUCGGCGUUGGCGGCAAUACGCGUAGUACAGCACGAGCCCGAGCAUGGAUUGCUGAAACAUCAGGAGCGCGUCAUCGUGAAGAUAAAGCAAGCGUAUAUGUGGUGGGUAGUGGACAGCAUCCAGUGGUCACAUGGCACAGUGCCCAUAUCAACAAUCGAUCUGUCAACACCAUUCCUGAAUUAGCCGAUCAUCGAGCCACGCUUGAACGCAUUGUAAAUUCCGACAGGGGUAACGAGAUUGCUCGUCUCAAGGGAGGUGCAUGGUUUGGUCAAGCAGCCAUGUUGUCACGUGUCGUCGAAGCUUGCCUGGCCAAGAACAAUGAUGAUCAUCAUUCACCACCACCUGUUUUUGUAUUAUCGGUCUACGUCGAUUCACUGAAUGCAUGCUUGUCUAUGCCAGUAUACCUUACGAAUCAAGGUGCCCAAGAGCACGUGCAGCUCAAUUUAUCACAUGAGGAGGAGCAAGCUCUAAAGGAAGCCGCAAUAGAGACAACUCGUUUAUAUGAAACAUCCACCAUCCCUUCAACAGAAUACCAACAAUAA